UUUGUGAAAUCGUUCAAUUCAUUAUUCAAAUCGUUUCAAUUUUAAAAGUUGAACAGUACCCUCACGCGAAGGUGUAUUUUAUUUAGAAAAAGAAAAAUAAAUAAAAUUUUUACUAAUAAUAUGAAUUUAAAUUAAAAAUAAAAUAUUUAUAGUAUUAAUAAAAAGUUGUAGGUUAAAUGAUAUAAUAAAUUUAAUUUGUAGGCACAUCAGCAAUCAAAUCUGGCGUGUCCGAGAGAGGCUAUCAAAAUAUUUGUAAAACUUAAUUAAAAGCAAAAUAAAUAUCAACUUGCAUUUGUAAAAUUUCGAAAUGACCGGAAUUCCGAAAAUAAUGGUCUUUAGACCAACUUAUGACGAGUUCAAAAAUUUCGCAAAAUAUGUUGAAUAUAUGGAAAGCCAAGGAGCACAAAAAGCUGGUUUGGCAAAAGUAAUACCACCACCUGAAUGGAUCCCUAGAAAACGAGGUUAUGAGGACCUAGAUGCAUUAAAUGUAACAAUACCUGCUCCAAUAUGUCAGGUUGCAACUGGAAAGCAAGGUCUUUAUCAGCAAAUAAAUAUACAGAAAAAGCCUUUGACCGUUAAGCAAUUUAGUGAGCUAGCAAAUACGGAAAGAUAUCAGACUCCCAAACAUUUUGACUAUGAUGAUUUAGAGAGAAAAUAUUGGAAAAAUAUCACAUAUGUAGCACCGAUAUAUGGUGCUGAUAUUAGCGGAAGUAUAACCGACCCAGAUCAAAAUAUUUGGAAUAUUAAUAAAUUGGGGACUAUUUUGGAUUAUGUAAAUGAAGAUUAUGGCAUUAAAAUUGAUGGAGUUAAUACAGCUUAUUUGUAUUUUGGAAUGUGGAAAACAACUUUUGCAUGGCACACUGAAGACAUGGAUUUAUAUUCUAUAAAUUAUUUACAUUUUGGCGCACCGAAAACAUGGUAUGCGGUUCCACCUGAACAUGGUCGAAAAUUAGAAAAAAUAGCAAAUGAAUACUUUCCUGCUAGUUAUCAAAAUUGUCAUGCUUAUUUAAGGCACAAAAUGACUUUAAUAAAUCCACAAAUUUUAAAACAGCAUGGUAUUACUGUCAAUAAGAUCACACAAGAGAGUGGAGAAAUAAUGAUAACGUUUCCAUUUGGAUAUCACUCUGGUUUUAAUCACGGAUUUAAUUGUGCAGAAUCUACUAAUUUUGCAAUGGAACGGUGGAUUGAAUAUGGCAAAAGGGCGUCCCAAUGCACAUGCAGCAAUGACAUGGUAAAAAUAUCAAUGGACACAUUUGUAAAACGCUUUCAACCAGAUAAAUAUGAAGCUUGGCUAGAGGGCAGGGAUGUAGGAUUUCAUCCAGAAGAUCAAAGUCAUCAAAUACCAUCAAAUCCACCAUCUGAUUUCGAUGUUCUGUGUAAUAAAAAUAAUGAUGAAAUUGCGCCAAAUUUAAUAUCGAGAAUGAAAAAGCAAUGCAUGCCGAUGAAGAAGAAAACGUUUAAAGAGCGUAAUCCAGAUCUGGACUUGAAUGAAAUACAAUCGAAUCCUCAUAUACCAGAUGAUAUAAAAGCUGUUCUACAUGAAAGUGUUGUAACAUUGGAAGAAGAUGAGGAAGAAGAAUUAUGCGUACAAGAAAAUUUAAAGACAACUAAAGAAAUUCUUGAUUACAUUGAUGACUCUGAGCAAGAUGACGAAGAUGAUGUAAAACAAAGAAAGAGGCGUAAAACUGAUUCGGAAUAUGACGACGACUGGUUUUCAGCAAAUGCAAAAAAAUACAGAAUAAAAAAUACACCUAAAACUUCAAAAAAACUAACGAAAAAAAGAGAAUCUAAAAAAGCAAAAUCUGAGAAAGAAAAGGAAGAAGUUAAAGUAGUGCGGAGACGCGGUCGAAAGAAAAAAUCAGAAAUUGAUGAAAAGGAAUCAACUAAAGAUCAAACUACGAAUGCUGAAACUUUGAAAAAACUAAAUGCACACUUAACAAAACAACUGCAUAGUCCAACGCUUGAUUUAUUUAAUAAUGAGAAAAAAUUUGAAGGGAAAAUUCCUAUCAAAAAGACUGCGUCACCAACUUUAGACGAAAUUAAUGAUAAACAGAAGGAUUGUAAUGUUAAAACUGAAUUAAAUACUACUAAAAAUACUUCAAAUAGUAAAGUUACAAGAAGUGGUGCUAAAUCAGAACAGAAUGGCAAAAAAAUUGCCGACAAAGUUGCUUCAAUAACUUUUUCAGCAUCAUCUCCAAUAGUACCUUGUAAUUCUAUAUUAAAUACAAUUCAACAAAAUGGGAAUUCUCCAACAAAUGGUACAAGUCCCUUACAAGAUCCGCCCGCCCAAUCAAUUUUGACACCUCCUUAUACACCAAAAUCCAAGCAAGCAGAAAAUGAAAACACCAUGACUUCUAAGUUACCAGUAAAAGUUUUAUUUAACGACAAUUGUACAAUAAAUAUGGAACUUAAUGAAAAUGUAGAUGAUAAAAGUAGGUCAAAUUGCACUGACGAAAUUCCAUCACAACAGCCUAAAUUAAUAGAUCAAUUACGAGCAAUGCGUAAACCCAAUUUCUAUAAUUUGUCAACAUUAUCACCACCAUUAGAAGAAAAAACUAUAGAAAAUAAACUUGAUAAAACUUAUAAACCAUCGUGUGAAAACUCUAAUCAAUAUAUAAUAUCAAAUUGUGAUAAGGUUUCUGAUGUUGAUUCUUUAAAUUCGAAAUCAUAUAAUAAUAAUGAAGAACAAAGUAAAUCUGAUUGUUUUCUCAAACAAUCUAGGUUUGUAGAAGAAAUUCCAUGUAAACUUUUAACGCAUGAAAUAGAAAAAAAAUAUGAUGAAAAAAAUUAUAUUUCCGAAAAUUAUAAGCAAAAAACUAAAAACCUCACUCCCCCACUUCAAUACACUGAAAUAAGCUUUAUGAACGAAAAUCUAAGGAAUUUAUUAAUGCAAGAAAAGAUAGACUUAAAUAGUUUAGCAUCAAAAAAUAUUACAUCACUUCAACCAAUUGUAGGAAGCCAACAUUUAGAAGAAAUGGAAACUAGUCAAAAUGUUAUAAAUAUAAGAAACGAUAAAGAAAAGACAAGUGAAAUUAAGAAUAAAAAUUCAGAUGCAACUUAUUCUACAAUUUUUGCAUAAAAUCUUUCAUCAAUGGAACCUGUUGAGAUCUCGUUUUUAAGUCAAAACUAUUCAACAAACUAAUAUUUGCGUCUGAACUUUCAAUAUAUACAUAUAUUUCAGUAUUAUUUAUUCAAUCCGCUUCUAAUUAAACUAUAGUUUCAGUUUUUUGAAAAUUAUUUAUUUUUUUUUCAAUAAGUAUGCAUACAUAUUCGAUUUCUAUUAAUUUGAACAUUUGUUAUUUUCAAGUAAAUUUUAAUAUUUUUACUAUGCAAAAAAAUAAUGUUGAAAAUACAUAUUAGAAAUUAUCACAAUAUCUAAAUUUGAAACACGUAUUUGGAAUACCAAACCUAUAUUGUGAAACUACAAAAUUAAUACAAAAAAAAUGUUUGGUAUUUCUUAAAUUUCAUUAACUAACUUUAUUCAUCUUU